UGUUCAUCAAUGGCAUAGUGGGGAACCCUAUUCCUUAUCUCUCUGCCAAGUGCCAAGCUUCCAUGGAAUCUCAUUACAACAUGGAUGGUGAGACUGAGAGCUCCUAAUCUUGGAAGAUCUUGUAAUGGGGUUUUCAGUGACUUGUACGCUUGGUUCUUCCUAUGUUUUCUUCAAGAAUUCCCAUCAAAAGUCUGCAAAUUUUCUAUCUUUUGAUCGGAUGAAUUUCAAGAUUUCGAAGUUCAAGCCUCGUCUGACAAGGAUUUCAUCACGUAAACCUGAAAUUUUCGAGUUUGAGGAGAGAACAAGCCCAAAUGAGGUCAAAAAAGAGAUAGAACGGUGCUAUGAGCUCAUUCACAGGCUAGGAAGGGGAGUCGCGUAUUUGGGUUCUUCGAGGAUGGGACCAACUCAUCCGCAUUACUUGCAAGCACUGGAAUUGGGGAAAGAGAUUGCAAUUCUCUUGAACUGUACUUCAUGGACAGGGGCUGGUCCAGGUCUCAUGGAUGCUGCUACGAAAGGUGCUAUGCAAGCAGGAAAGCCAGUUGGCGGAUUUAAGAUAAGCAAAGAAGCUGGCGAAUGGACCGCUACAAAUUUCCAUCCAUACCUACCUUCAGAAACUUAUCUUACAUGCAGGUUUUUUUCUGCAAGGAAGCACGGAUUAGUGGAUGCUGUAGUUAGAAGUGAUAGCUCAGACAGGACUGCUGUUGUUGCUCUGCCUGGUGGUGUUGGCACUCUAGAUGAGGUUUUUGAGAUUCUAGCCCUAAUUCAACUCAAAAGAAUUGGAUCAGAGCUUCCAGUUCCCUUUCUAUUGAUGAACUAUGAUUCCUUCUAUUCGAAGCUGUUGGACUUUCUCAAUGAUUGUGAGCACUGGGGUACGGUCGCCAAGGGCGAGGUUUCGUCACUAUGGAAGGUAUGUGACAAUAACUUGGAAGCAUUGGCAUAUCUCGAAGAAUUUUAUGAUCUUCCUACUGACCAAGUUAGGCACAGAGAUAAGUUAAGAAGUCCACAUAGAACAGUUUCCUAAUAAAUGUCGUUGGGUUGGGGAUAACUCAGUAACGGAGAAGAAGAAGUGCAUGUCAAUGUAAUUUGUUCCAUAUCUUACUGAUUUAAUGAAACAAACUGUAUCCCCUUUCAACUCCAUCUCUUGUGUUUGUCCUAAUAGUUUAAGGGAGAACCAUUCUAUUAU